AUGACCCUCUUACCCUUGGCUAUCCUGUUACUGUUACACAUCCCGUUUGUUUGCUCCUCAUUACUGAGCCUCAAUGGCACCAGUGUCACUACACUCGAUGUCAGCAACUCUUCAUCCUGCAUUCACACCAGAACCUUGUGGGACAUCAUCUGGAGUUGCGCUGCGACUCUAUUCGCAUGCACAUGGACUGCAAUUCACCCAAACGUCCCGGGUAUGGACGAGGGGAAAUUCACUAUUUUCUCUCGUCGCUUGGGCAUCAUGAUGACGGCGCUGAUCGCCCCGGAACUCAUGAUCAUCUGGGCCACUGUGCAAUUUCUAAGUGCUCGUGACACUGCAAAGGACUUCGAUGAUGCCUUUGAGUGGACAGUGACACAUGGGUUUUUCGCGUGGAUGGGUGGAUUCAUGCUCUACUUCGAGGAUAAACCGCGAGCCACUCUUACACCCGAGGAGCUUGAGCGCUUUGUUCAUGAGGGCUCCGUGGAAAUUCCCAUCAUCGCGGAGGCAGACAUAGAAGAUCGAAGCAAGGGCGACAUAUUAUCCAAAGGCAUCGCCAUCCUUCAGCUGGCGUGGUUCGUCCUCCAUUUUGUCACCCGUUACGUCCAGAACCUUCCGAUAACACUGCUUGAAAUCGACACUCUGGCUGUGGCUACUCUGACCUGUAUCACCUAUAACUUGUGGUGGAAGAAGCCUAAGGAUGUGAGACGUCCUUAUGCUGUUCAUUGGAAAGCAACCUAUCCACCAAGCAAAUUAGCUUACGAGUAUGUCGUCAAUAUUCUUGUUUUAAAUUGUUCUUACUUGCCUGCAUUCUAG